CUGGGGUGGGCAGGCUGGGAGGGGAUCUGAGGAACACGGAGGGAUCGCAAGUCCAUGAAAUAAUGCGGAGCACCGCCCGUCACUAGUACUUCUGGCUUGUGGCCCGGACGGGAUGCGAGACAAGAUCUUCCAAGAGAGGGCAGCUAUCAGAAUCGACGAACUCAGGCUGAAGGGCCUUUGGCUCAUAUAUACAUUUGCUCUUUUUCCUUUUUUAAAUGAACAAUCACUGGAACAAAUAAAGGGUUAAUAGGCCAGUCAUUGCCCCGCCCUGUGAGAGCCGGAGGGAGCAGGUUUGAAAGUUCCUGUGUGCAGAAGGGGAGGCUGGGGGUGGGGGGCGCUAAAUAUUCCUGCAAGGCUCCUGCACCGCCCGCUGGCGAUGCGGCGGGACGGGCUGGCCGGUGUUCGGCCCGGUUCCGUGCCUGAGAGUUGGCCGUGAGUGAUCCCUGCCACCGCGAGCCCCGGUCCAGGCGUUCCCGGCAAGGAAUCCAAGGCGAGAACACCGAGUGCUGCCGCUGGGGCCAGGGAGGGACUGAAAUCAACUGGGGAGGCGUUUUCUCCCCAGGCUGUCACCCAGAAGGGCCUGGGAGCCGAGGUGGGCGAGGGAGAGCGCAGAGUUGGAGAGGUGGCUGCCGCAAGUCGCGUGGGGCGUUGAGGCAUUUGCUUUCCGUUCCGUUUAUCUAGCAGACGACGAGGCGAUUUAUGCAACAGUAUCCUGUUUCAGCACUGCCAAGGCUAUGCGAAAACGCGGUCAGGACAGCCUGGCAGGACUUGUGCUGUAUGUAGGACUCUUCGGGCACCCCGGGAUGCUGCACAGGGCCAAGUACAGCCGUUUUCGGAAUGAGUCCAUCACGUCCUUGGACGAAAGCAGCCCCGGAGCCUCGGUGGGGAACAAGGGCUCGCCUCAGCCUCCCUACCCCACCCUGGCACCUCACCUGCCGGCUGACGAUGCCACCUUGGCGUCCCAGGAGAGCCCCACCCCACUGUGCACCUUGAUCCCUCGCAUGGCCAGCGUGAAGCUGGCCAACCCAGCCACCUUGCUGAGUCUGAAAAACUUUUGCUUGGGUACCAAAGAGGUGCCCCGGCUGAAGCUCCAGGAAAGCCAGGACCCGGCUCCCAGUGGCCCAGCUUCCCCUGAGACCCGUCUAAAUAGGGCUGGGUCCGCACCUCCGCCGCAGCCAGACCUGGUGGGGCACAGGGCAACUGUCUUAACUCCCGAUGCCUGUCCCCUUCCUGGCCCUGGGGAGCCAAGCCCAGGGAGCAGGCAGGACAGGCACUUUCUGCAGCACCUGUUGGGGAUGGGCAUGAACUACUAUGUGAGGUACAUGGGCUGUAUUGAAGUACUGCAGUCAAUGAGGUCACUGGAUUUUGGAAUGAGAACCCAAGUUACAAGGGAAGCAAUAAGUCGCCUGUGUGAAGCUGUCUCUGGGGCAAAUGGAGCCAUUAAAAAGCGAAAGCCUCCAGUUAAGUUCCUAUCUACAGUUCUUGGCAAAAGUAAUCUUCAGUUUUCGGGAAUGAAUAUUAAACUGACCAUUUCAACAUGCAGCCUCACAUUGAUGAAUAUUGACAACCAACAGAUUAUUGCAAAUCAUCAUAUGCAGUCUAUUUCAUUUGCCUCUGGAGGGGAUCCUGGGCAGAGGAUGUGGACUCCACAGUGGCUGAACUACACAGACACUACAGACUAUGUCGCCUAUGUAGCUAAAGAUCCAGUUAAUCAACGAGCCUGUCACAUAUUGGAAUGCCGCAGUGGAAUGGCCCAAGAUGUCAUAAGCACCAUAGGGCAGGCUUUUGAACUCCGGUUUAAACAGUAUUUGAAAAAUCCUUCUUUGAAUACUUCUUGUGAAAGUGAGGAGGUGCCCAUUGAUGGUUCCGUGGAGGAGAGAGAAGACCACGAGUACUACAAUGAAAUCCCCGGGAAGCAGCCACCUGCAGGAGGUGUUUCUGAUGUGCGGAUCAAAGUCCAAGCCACAGAACAAACGGCUUACUGCCCCAUACGGUGUGAGAAGUUGUGCUAUUUGCCUGGGAACUCCAAGUGUAGCAGUGUGUACGAGAACUGUUUAGAACAAAGCCGGGCAACAGGUAAUACACUGGAGAGAGGAGUGCAGUCCCAUCGAGAUGCCUCAUUAAUGAAGCACACCUGUCGAGUGGAUUUCUUCAAUGACCCCUGCUACAUAAAUACACAGGCUCUUCAAAGUACACUUGCCUCUGCCCCAAAUCAAAGCUCAGCUCACCCCUUGGGGAGCCCAUGGCACCGUGAAAAAGCACCAGAAACUGUUCAGCCAGGUGCCACGGCCCAGCCUGCCAGCUCACAUUCUUUGCCCCAUAUUAAGCAGCAGCUGCGGAAUGAAGACUGCUACCAUGGCAAGCUGAGCAGGAAGGCAGCAGAGAGCCUCUUGGUAAAGGAUGGGGACUUUUUGGUUCGAGAGAGUGCAACAUCUCCUGGCCAGUAUGUGCUAAGUGGACUACAGGGAGGCCAGGCAAAGCAUCUUCUCCUGGUGGAUCCUGAAGGCAAGGUAAGGACCAAGGAUCAUGUAUUUGAUAAUGUCGGCCACCUUAUCAGAUACCACAUGGAUAACAGUUUGCCAAUCAUCUCUUCUGGAAGCGAAGUAAGCCUUAAACAACCAGUGAGAAAAGAUAAUAACCCAGGACUUUUGCAUUCCAACAAAUGACAAUUUGGAAGUACCAUCACACUGGUAUUUCAAGAAAGUUCAUUUUGUGUUAGGACACAAAGAUAAUCCAACUUGGAUUAUAGACAAAAUAGAGCACAAACUGUGAAGUACAUUUUUUCCAGGACCAUCAUGGACUAUGUCCUUUAUAAGACAAAGAACUAACAAAGAUGGAUCUUCAGAAAGUGAAAAUCAGAAAAGGGGAAGAGGAUUGGUCCAUUUGAAAAGAAAUUAUACAUAUGCACGGAUGUCACUUUUUAAGGCCAUAUUACAUUGAUAGCAAGCUAAAAGCACAAUUGAAAUUUCCCAUGCUAGAGACUACUUGGAUGAACUGCUAGGGCAGUGGUAUGUGCCUUUCAACUUGAUAAUUUGGGGACAUUUUCAUAUUGGGGAGAUUAGUUCUAAGUGUCCUCAUAUUCUCUAACUAUAGAACUAUUUGCCAAAAAAAGUUUUUCCUUGUUACAAAAAUAAGAAGUGAUUUGCUUGAUAGUUACUGACUUUAUUACAUUUUCUGUUUAGUAGCACUUUCACUGCAAUGCUAAAAUAAAUUUGAUGUUGAAUUUGGACUCUGUCUAUGCCAGUGGAAUCAAAUCAAAAGCCACUAAAAGCAUUGGUCUGUUUCACUGGCCUGUCCCAUUUACAAGUUAAAGGGUUGGAGCCUAAAUUCUUUGGCCUAGUAUUUCUUGAUCUUUGCUAUUCGGACUGUUUGUAUGCAGCAUAGCAUAAGCUGAAGAGAGGACAAAUCUAUCAGUCAUUCCUAUUUCACCAUAUUUCUCCCUCUUUCCUUCCCCUCCGCCCCCACCCUACAAGCAAAGGAAGCUCAUGAACGCCUGGAUUUAAAACAUGGCAGACAAACCGGUGUUCUUCAUAUUCAACAUCCAAAUUGGUUUCAUUCUUAUUUAAAGUAUUGAAUUCAUUUGAAAAUAUCAGGAAAUAUCCUCUUGACUGGCUGUGACUGAAUCAUAGUCUCUCACCUACUGUGUCCUUAGCAUCUUUUCUAGAUAUGAUCAGACAAAAUGCAGAAGGGAGGAGACAUAUUGAAGGAAAUAGCUGGAAAGUUUCACCUCAUGUAGGUACCCUGGUAAACUGGUGGUGUGAUUAAGUGUCGUGUAGAGAAAAGUGCUGGCCAGGUCUCUCGAUAUGACCUUGAGCCAGCUGCUGAACCCAUCUGGACUCCAAUUUCCUUGUUUAUGAAAUAAGGGACUUGGGCUAGGUGAAUUCAGAGGUCUGUCUCAGCCCUAACAUAAGAUGAGCCUAUAAAAAGCAAGUUUUCCAUUUCUUAGGGGUCAGCGUUGAUAGUCAGUUUGUAUAAUGAAGGUGAAAUGAGCUUUUUCCUUUAGUCUGUAUCUAUAGUCACAGAAUGAAUAGCACGACUGAAACCGACAUUCAGGUAGCAGAGACCCCAAGCCUUCCCAACACAAAGAAGGACACUUUGGAGCACUCUCUGUAGUGACGGUGGAAGUGGAUUCGGUUGUUUGGAGUAGCAGAAAACGGCUUCAGCUUUUUACUUGCCUUUGCAUAGAGUGGUUUCGCCAUUAGUUUAGGAUGCUUUUUUAUCCUGAGUAAUCUGGACAGUUGCCUUAACCCCACUUCAUUUUGGCUAUGUAGAUACAACUUAAUCUUUGUAACUGUGAUAUAUUUGCUAAGUUUUAAAUAAAACACAAGAAACUUUUUUGGGGUAGAAAUCAUCAGAAAUCAAGCACACACAACUGUAAUAUUUUUUUCUGUAAAGGUUUAUGAUUUUAUUCUACUACUACUGCCCCUGAUUGCUUAGGUAGGUUUGUUUCCUUUUACACAACUGGGAAAUAAUGGCUCUUUCAUCAAUUUUAUAUAUGCCUUGGUUCUUGGUGAUCUUUCCUCACAAAAGGGGGUCAGCAUGAGUACAGGUCAUAGAAAUUUGUGGGUGACCUAGUCACCCAUCUGAGACAGAGCAGGGGUUGUGGUCUCAGUCUGGUUGAGCAGGGUGUUAAGUGGGGUGCAGGAAAAAGUUCCUGAUAGAAAUAGAUGCAGAGAGUAUAAAUGAUAUGAGCAGUACAUGGAUCCUGGUACAUGAUGCACCAGUACGUGGAUAAUCAGUAUUUGACUGCAAUGUUAUAGUAGUUAGGUAAGCAAAUACUGCACUUACAAGUACCACAGACACAGUUAAAACAAGAUGAAACAACAGUAGAAAUGUUUGAUUGCAUGCUGUUUUAAUGACACACACUUAUCUUCAUCUGUUUUAAAGUGGAAAUCCAUUUGCCUCUAAAUACCUGUAAACGACUUUUCAAAAAAAAAUAAAUGAUCAUUGCU